UUUUUUUUUUUUUUUUUACCAUAUAUCAGUGAUUUUAUUUUUAAAACUUUGCUUUGCGUCGUGUGGGAUCUUCCAAGCUCCAACUCCCUCCGUCCUUCCGUCCGUCAGAAUCUCCUCCGUCCAAAAAAUCUCCACCACGCCGCGGCAUUCAUUUUCCGAUCUUCGUGCUUGUGCUUUCCAUCCAUCCUCCGGCGUCUCUCGCGCCCCUAAACCUUCCCUCUCCGGCUCCACACCCUUUGCAGUUAAAUCGUCGGGUUCGGGAAAGUUUCCGCCGAUGCUGAAAUUGAAGAGGUUUUUUUGCCAAUUCGGACUCCUGAACUAGGAUUCAUCGCGCCAGCACCGGCCGCGGCCGGGGUUUCAGCUUUUUUUAGCCAUGACAAAUCAGGUCACCUGAGACUUUCGACGGUGAUCUCGCAGUGAAGGAAGCGACGAUCUGCCUCCGUCCGAGCUUCAAAUUCUGCGAGACUCCAAACUAAAGAGAAUAAACACAGAAGGGAAAACUGCUCUCAACUAGUGUCACUUGUAGGCGAGGCGAGGCGAGGCGAUUCCGGAGGGAUAGGAAAACAGAAGCAAGAAUAAUGUCCAAGGUGAUCUAUGAAGGGUGGAUGGUGCGGUAUGGGAGGAGGAAGAUCGGGCGAUCCUUCAUUCAUAUGAGAUAUUUCGUGCUCGAGCCGAGGGUUCUUGCUUACUACAAGAAAAAGCCGCAGGAUAAUCAGGUACCAAUCAAGACCCUUUUGAUCGACGGCAAUUGUAGGGUGGAGGACCGAGGCUUGAAGACUCAUCAUGGCCUUAUGGUUUAUGUGCUAUCUGUCUACAACCAGAAGGAGAAAUAUCACAGGAUCACGAUGGCAGCGUUUAACAUCCAGGAAGCACUGAUCUGGAAGGAAAAAAUUCAGUUUGUAAUUGAUCAGCAUCAGGAGUCCCAGGUGCCAAAUGGUAACAAAUAUGUCUCCUUUGAGUAUAAGUCUGGGAUGGAUAAUGGAAGGGCUGCUUCAUCCUCAGACCAUGAAAGUCAGUUUAGUGCUCAAGAGGAUGAAGAUGACUCUAAUCCGAAUUUGUUGCGGAGGACAACUAUUGGAAAUGGCCCCCCUGAUUCUGUAUUUGACUGGACUAGAGAAAUCGAUUUGGAGUUGACAAACCAGAACGCUAACAAUCAAGCAUUCUCUAGAAAGCAUUGGCGGCUGCUGCAGUGCCAAAAUGGUGACUUCCCGUGCAAAAAUCCCUUGUCUUCGCAUUUUUGAAGAGCUUCUUGAAGUUGAAUACCUUCCAAGGAGCUGUAGUAGAGCAAUGAAGGCUGUUGGUGUUGUUGAAGCUACCUGUGAAGAAAUAUUUGAACAAGUAAUGAGCAUGGAUGGGACACGGUUUGAGUGGGAUUGCAGUUUCCAGUAUGGCAGUUUGGUUGAGGAGGUAGAUGGCCACACAGCAAUACUGUACCAUAGGCUUCAACUGGAUUGGUUUUCAACGGUUGUCUGGCCACGCGACCUUUGUUAUGUACGCUAUUGGCGGCGAAAUGAUGAUGGCAGUUAUGUUGUCUUGUUUCGCUCUAGAGACCAUGAGAAUUGCGGUCCACAACCAGGUUAUGUGCGGGCUCAUGUUGAGAGUGGUGGGUUCAACAUUUCUCCUCUAAAGCCUAGGAAUGGCCGACCUAGAUCGCAGGUUCAGCAUCUUAUACAGAUUGAUUUGAAAGGAUGGGGCGUGGGUUAUAUUUCCUCUUUUCAGCAGCACUGCCUCCUUCAGAUGCUGAAUAGUGUUGCUGGACUGCGUGAAUGGUUUGCCCAAACAGACGAAAGAGGUGCUCCACCAAGAAUACCUGUUAUGGUCAAUAUGGCCUCUGCUUCCGUUUCUUCUAAGAAGAGUCUAAAGUUGCAAGAUUCUUCUGCUCAUCAUCACUCUGCUUCUCUUGAUCAAAUAAAUACGGCUGGGAGAAACUCAGCCAUGUUGGAUGAAUACUCUGAUGACGAUGAGGAAUUUCAAAUUGCUGAAGAUGAGCAGGAGGCUUACCUAAUAAAUCAGGCGAAUGAUGUGAAGAAAACAGCUUUAGAAGAAGAACCUGGAGAUAAGAUUGACCUAUCCUGGUUUGUGGGUAAUUUACGUUAUGAUGAGCGAGAAAAGGCCCGUGAUUGCUGGAAAGUUUCUGAUGGGAACAACUUCAGAGUCCGCAGCAAAAACUUUUGUUUUGACAAAACUAAGAUCCCAGCAGGCAAACACUUAAUGGAUCUGGUUGCUGUUGAUUGGUUCAAAGACACCAAAAGAAUGGAUCAUGUCGCAAGGCGUCAAGGAUGUGCAGCCCAAGUUGCUUCGGAGAAAGGACUUUUCACUGUGGUCUUCAAUCUGCAAGUCCCUGGUUCAACUCAUUACAGCAUGGUGUUUUACUUUGUGACAAAAGCAUUAGUACCUGGAUCUCUGUUGCAGCGGUUUGUUGAUGGUGAUGAUGAAUUCCGCAACAGUAGGUUUAAACUUAUUCCGUCAGUUCCCAAGGGCUCAUGGAUUGUACGCCAAAGUGUUGGAAGUACCCCAUGCUUGUUGGGCAAAGCAGUUGACUGCAACUAUAUCCGCGGCCCAAAAUACCUUGAAGUGGAUGUCGAUAUUGGUUCUUCCACUGUUGCUAAUGGAGUACUGGGGCUUGUUGUCGGCGUUAUUACUACCUUGGUGGUUGACAUGGCUUUCCUUGUACAGGCAAACGCUACGGAUGAGUUGCCGGAAAGGUUGAUUGGCGCAGUUCGUGUUUCUCAUAUCGAAUUGUCAUCUGCCAUUGUUCCCAACUUGGAUCCAUCUUAAGAGUGACUCGUCAUCCCUCAUGAUCUGGAAUAUAUUCUUGCAGACCCAUGUAUACUCAUUCUAUCCUCCAACUCGGCUGUCAUGAUUCAAUUUGGUAGGCAGCAGAGAUGGUCCUCAAUUACAUUAAAUACUGUCAAGUGGAACUGAUCUGAGGUUUUUUUUUCUUCUUGGCUAAUCUUGUAGUUUCUGAUAGAAAUUUGCUUUGGAAAGGAAGGAAAUCUAGUCCCAUAGUUAACACCCUGUUUAUAGAAAUGUGUGAAUUGCCUGUUCUUUCAUGUUCAAAUACAACGGCAGCUUGAUUCAUCUUUUGGCUCUAAUAUAUCAAGCUUUUCUCUUCCAUGAUAACAUUUCAUAUUACAUCGAACAAUUCCGCAAAUACAACAAUGAUAGAUUAUGGGAAGGUCAGUAGUCUGGGCUGUAAUCGUCAUCUCCUUGGUCAUCCACAGCUCUGCCUUUGAACGCAUCUUCAGCAUACAGUAUGACUCCAUUGGCCACUGCAUACAAAUCCCUCCACUUCUGUAUGGCAGCCGAAAUCGAGUCAUCAACCACACCAGCAUUCCUGAUCUUCGCCAGCUCGCUGUCGCAGUUCUGGGAGUCAUCCAGAGCAGAAUGCACUUCCAAACUCUUCGUCACGUCCCCCAACCCUCUGGGCGUGAAGAAGAUAGCCGCGUCACUGUAGUCGAAAGCGCACAACUGCAGCGAUGGCUUCAACUUUGGGUUCGCGUCUUUGCUGCUCUGAAUCGCGCUGAACAUUGUGCCCAAUGCCUUCGACUCUUCCUUAGCGGCCUGCAUGACCAGCUCGGCCAGAGCUUGGAUGUCGUCGUAGGCUGAUGCUGCAUCAGGGAUGGAUUGCAGAGUCUCGAUGCACUUUGUCACGUCGAUAUUGCUUUUCCUGCAGACUUCUUCGAUCAAGUUUGUCGCAGCAGCAGCAGGGCUUGGGGCAGGCGCGAAAGCAGGUGCCAUCGCUAUCGAUGAUGACGACAUUGACAACUGUCUAGCGUUCAUUAGCAGUGGAAACUGCAGCAUGAUGAUUGCUGUGAAGAUGGCUUGUGGGAUGAUCAAAGGUGUAAUGGAGAACCCCAUUUUUGCUGUGGUUUUUGCAGCUAGGAAAGGGAUUUGAGAGGGUGUUUUUAUUAUGCAGAUGGUUGAUUGAUUUUCUUUACUGAUUGAAUGUGGCAGGGAGGAGGAAAUCCUCUGUAUAUAUAGGAUGAUGGAUUUAUGGGGAACUUGGAAUCAGUUUUGGAGAAGUUCGUUGUAUCCUUGUUGUAAGGUUAUGUUGUUAAUGCUGGUAAGCUGUGAUUUUGUUUCAACAGGA